AUGAGCCUUACAAACUACAUGUCCAGCAUCCUGUCCGAGGUGCAGCAGUUUGGCCAGGCGUACGUGGACUCGCUUGUUGCCCCAAGGGACAAAAAGGACCACGAACCGCCCGGCACCACGGCACCGCCGCUGCCGCUUUCUGCAUCCACACAUAGAGCACGCGGCGAUUCCAGCGCCGAACACGGGCGGAACUUCAACAGCAGCAUCACCAGUAGUAAUACGCAUUCAGUGCAACCCUGCGGGGUCGUGGCGGCUGCCCAUGAUAAGGGGCGCGGCGUGCAGCACCAGCCUGGUGCGCUAGCAGGGCUGCAACACGCGCCUGCAGAAAGUUUGGGGCAGCACGAGGAGCUCUUGCGGCCCGUCGAGUCGGUCACUGAGGGACUUGCUUCCUCCUUAUCUUCCAGUGCUCCUCUGGAGACAGUGGCGCCGCCGGGGGUGAGAAGGGUCUCGCUUCGAAAGCAUGCAGUGAAGGCAGGGAGGGCACCCCGCUCAAAGUUUGGUGCUGUCAGAAUAGAGCCGGAGCCUGGAACGGCGAACGUCACCCAGCCAGCUGCUGGCGCCACUUCAGCUUCUGUCGACGCGUCACCCCAGCAGUCGGAAGGUGAAAACGCAGGCGGUUCGUCUCAGCUGGAAGAGAAACCUGUAGCAACUGUUGUCGAGGUCGCCUCUGGUGUGGCGCCGCUGGGUUGGGGGCGGUGGCCCCAAAGUAUCCAGCAGCUGCUCGGUACCAAUUUAGAAAGGCGGAGGCCACCUGCGGGCUCGGAGUGGGCGCAAGACGCCCUCUCUCACUUUGCGAUGAAGGUGGCAGUUGAGACUCUCGUCCUUGCCGCAAGGGAUCCAGUGCCUUCGACAGCGUCCGUGUUGUCAUCCUCCGUGGCGCCGCCCUCUGAAGGCGCCUGGCGCCACACUGAUGCGGAGCUUCGACGCUCCGUGAGACGUGCCAUACCCCGCGAGGUAUUUGGGUUGUACGCCUCCGAUUACGACAAUGUCACUGCGGCCAAUUUAUUGGUGCAUCCAGGAAACGUAGUCUAUUCGAGUGGCCGCUGCAUGAUAACGUUGCAGAAGGCCCUGCAUGGAUCGCUGGCGGCAGCACGGCGUUGGUAUGAUGAGCGUCGCACUCAGCCCUUGUCGGUGCCGCUGCUGCCAUCAGCGUCCGGUUUGGUUGUGGACUGUGGGAUUUCAGCGUUUAUGACACUGUGUUUUGUCCCGCUACUGCGCACUGGAAUGGAACAGAUUCAAGACGGGACGCUGUGGCAUGCACCCCUGCCCGAGCAAAGACUGCAGCUUGAGCGGACGGCGCUGGAUGUGUGGGUGAGGGAGGUGAUGGAGCUCUUCUGUGAGGUGUUUCUUGAGAGGGAGGCGGCUGAGUUUGGGCGCUCCGGACGUGCUGAUGGCUGUGGAAUCCCCUCUUCAGAGUUGGAUGCCGUGGAAAACAUGAUGCGCGACGGCACGGCCGCCCUGUGGCUAAUGCGAGAGGCGAUGGUGCUGACGUUGCUGCUGCUUUGGGCUCUGCAGUUCUGCACCUUGUGA